AUGGCGAAGUGCAAACUACUUGUGAGGGGCCUGGCCUGGGCCUUAACGUUAGGUGUCGCCGUCGCACAACUGGAAUCCCUUGAUGCUUGCGCUCUGGGUUGUAUCAGUGGCUUGCGCGACAAGGCCAAUACCUUUGGAUGUGAAAUUGGUGCCACAACCUGCAUGUGUACCAGUCCAGAGUUCGCCGCCAGUGCCCGGGAUUGUGCCCAGCAGUCGUGCGGACAAGUCGACCAAAUCAACAAUUUUUCCGCGACCUUCUGUGCAGCCCAAGCGCCGCCUACCCCGACCCCGACUCCUGCGCCAGAGCCAACACAGGCUGAACCUGCUCCUACCAGCACCGUUGAGCGUCCAACUCCGGAGCAGGCACCUCAAUCAUCAGCCACCGAAGCGUCGAGCAGCGAAACAACCUCUGCGCCGACUGAAACCACUAGCGCGACCGCCCCGGCCGCCACUACAUCUUCCGCUACUACGUCAUCUGCCGCGGGCGCUGGUGGUUCCGAGCCGUCCAACGACGAUUCCGACAACGACGAGAAAGACAAGAAGGAAGAGGAAGACAAUUCGUCCAACGGAGGCGCAUCCGGUCUCUCCCUAGCCGCCAAAGCCGGCAUCGGAGUCUCCGUCGGCGUCGUCGGACUUUCCGUCAUCCUGCUCGCCGUUCUUCUUCUCCUCCGCCGCCGCCGAGCAAAGAACGGCCGCCGCUUGAACAGCAGCGGAUACAGCAUUUCCGGACCCAUGCCUGGCUCGGGAAGAGACUACGCCGACUCCCACUCGGACUUUGGAAAGGAACAUAAUGGCUCCGAGCUGGAGAUGACGUCGAGGCGGUACGAGGAUAUGCUUCCUCGCGCCCAGCCCGCUUCGGUCAUUUGA